CCUCACCUUGUCGGCUGUCGCCAAAUCCGCCAAUCCCAAAGCAAAGCAAUGGCGAUCUCUCCCGCUUCUACUGCUAUCUUCUUCCUUCCCCUUCUCACCAUUUCACUUUUCCUUUCAAUUCCCACUGCCGGAUCCGAACCCGAAUCCGAACUGGUUGCCGAUCUCCUCGCCCUUCAGUCGGAAUCCAAAUCGGGAGUCAUCCACUUAGACGACCGAACCAUCGCCAAAUUCCUCACUUCCCCCAAAACCCCUCGACCCUACUCCCUCCUCAUCUUCUUCGACGCCACCCAACUCCACGACAAGUCCGAACUCCACCUCCUCGACCUCCGCCGUGAGUUCUCCCUCGUCGCCUCCUCCUUCAUCGCCAACUACAACAACUCCAACACCAAACUCUUCUUCGCCGACAUCGAGUUCCGCGAAUCCCAAUCCUCUUUCCACCUCUUCGGCGUCAACUCCCUCCCCCACAUCCGCCUCGUCGGCCCCAACGCCAAAUCGUUGAAGGAUGACUCCGAACAGAUGGACCAGGGCGAUUUCUCUCGAAUGGCCGAGUCUAUGGCCGAGUUCGUCGAGUCGAGAACUAAACUCACCGUGGGUCCACUCCAUCGUCCUCCUAUUAUUUCCAAAACGCAAAUGGGAUUGAUCGUUGCCCUUUUGUUGAUCUCUGCUCCAUUCAUAAUCAAAAAGAUCUUCGCCGGGGAAACAUUCUUACACGAUCCCAAGAUUUGGCUUUCCGGCGCCGUUUUUGUUUAUUUUUUCAGCGUUUCAGGUGCAAUGCAUAACAUAAUAAGGAAGAUGCCGAUGUUUUUGGUGGAUAGGAACGAUCCGAACAAAUUAGUUUUCUUUUAUCAAGGAUCGGGGAUGCAGCUUGGAGCGGAAGGGUUCGCCGUGGGUUUUCUUUAUACGAUUGUGGGAUUGUUGCUUGCUUUCGUCACUCAUGUUCUUGUUUAUGUUAAGAACGCGACGGCUAAGCGUGUGGCGAUGAUUUUUGCGCUUUUUGUUUCCUUUUGGGCGGUGCAGAAAGUGAUUUUCUUGGACAAUUGGAAGACUGGAUAUGGAAUUCAUGGAUUCUGGCCUUCCAGUUGGAACUAAAGGCAAUGCCUUUUUAGGCUGCUAUAAUUCGAACUAUGGUUUCGAAAUGCGGAUAAUUUAGUUACGAACUCGAUAUCGAUUUUAGAUGUUUAAAUGUUUUAACUCUGUGCCAGAGGUUUUGCUUAUAGAACGUACUUUGUUAUAAGCUGUUAUCUUUGCAUGAAAAAUAUAUUUGCUAUAAGAUUUUCUGAUGUAAAUCAUAGUUUUCUGU